UUCAGUUGACAGAUGGGUUGUUAAACUUUUGUGUACAUUAAAUAAAUAAGCAAAUUAAAUAUUCGAUAUGUUUUAAUAAUGAAUAGAUAAUAAAAUAUUGCUAGCUAUCAUUUGCGUUUUCAUUGAAAAUAUACUUCAAUACGGAAAGAUAUGGCAGUUAAAAAGAUAAUUUUACUCUUAAGUGUAAUUUUAGUCAUCAGAUUAUCGCAAUGUGAAAGGCUUCAUGAACAAAUAUAUUCAUCGAUUGAGGGUGGCGCUCCUUGUUAUCAAAGGUUAAAUGGAACUCAUCAGACUGGUUGUACAUCACCUAUGAAUGGUGCAGUUGGAGUUGUGGAGAUGAUAAAUGACAUAUCAGAUACAGCAUGGCUGGUAAACAAUGCGACUGCAGGGCCGUACAUGGCUGUAGUUAAUACAUCUAUGUUCCUUGACAUCAUUGAUUUGUUUCUGUUAACACCUGACAAUAUAGCCGGCAUUCUAGUCUAUCAGAAUGGGUCUACAAGACCUAAAACCUUCAGCCAAGAGUCUACAUGUCCGAAUGAAGGGUCAUCUGACCCCGCAAGUCAGUGCCCUUCGAGCAGCGGGGUGUCCUGGAAUAUGGGGGGCACAGGGAUAUUGCGAAAGAAUAUUCCAUUCCCCAUAUUUUACCUUCCAGAAAGUAGAAUUGAAGAAAUAGACAAAAUUAACAAUUGUUAUCAAAGGUAUAAUCUUGACCGAGAAAAUCAGAAUGGCAAGCCUCUAUGUUCUUUACAGUUGAAAUCAUUUAUGUUUGCGGCUGUUAACUCUGAAGUGUGCUUACGAAGAUCAACUACAUCAGCUCUAUUGACACCCACUAAAGUUUGUGAUCCCCUCGGAAAUCAAAAUGUAUAUUUUUCACUUUUCCCCAGAGGAAAGGGUGUAGAAGUUAAAAACAAACCUAUAACUCUGGUUACUGCUAGAAUAGAUACUGCAUCUUUAUUUGAUGGCCUAGCUCCGGGGGCGGCUAGCUCUGUGGUAGGGAUGGUAACACUGCUCUUAUCUGCGGUGACGUUAACUAAAAUGAUGCCCGUCUCUGACUCGAACUUGUAUGACAGUAAUGUAGUGUGGAAUUUAUUUAAUGGUGAGGCGUUUGACUACAUCGGGUCGCAGCGCGUCGCGUACGAAAUGAAGUUCGGUGCGUGGCCGAUGUUCGCGCCCAUGGACUCCACAGAUGUCAAACUGCACGUUGAAUUGGGUCAAAUCGGUGGCUCUCUCAACCUUUAUAGUGAGAACGCGUCAUGGCCACUAUAUGCGUAUGCGGCUGACAGUUAUACACCGGUAACAGAAUUCCUCAAUGAAAUGCUAACGAACGCAAAACAAUUCAAUAUGACGUUAUUACCAGUGUUCACCAAAAACAUACCGCCGUCCUCCUUGCACUCGUUCCGGAGGAUAUUAAAGAAUGAGACGGAAAGCGGGCAACUGCCUCAAGUGCUGCUGGUCGAUUAUAAAGAUACGUUUACUAACGCUUACUACGAGUCCAUUUUUGAUGACGCAGACAACAUUGGCUUUGUUUACCGGAACAUUAGUGUGGGACCAGACGGACUAUUUGUGCCAACAAGCGUUCUGUUGUCGAACGGCAGUAUGAAGGAG